CAACUCCCUUUCAGGAACAGCAUAUACUCUUCCAUGGAUCCUCUUCAUUUCUCCUCCACCACCAACACCUCUCAACCUCAACUCUAAACUCAAUUCAACUUCCACUUUCUCCAUUCACUUUUAACCAGACUCAUAAAACUCGCAAAAUCACAAAAUGGCUUCUGCAACCACAAGACCCACAUUCUCUUUUCACCUCUCCCAGCCUUCUCCUCCAAAACCAACCAAACUUCACUCCCCUUCCACUCUUGUCUUCCCAAAGAAAACCCCAAAGCCCCUCUUCAUUACUCUCUCCGUUGAUGUCUCCAAAGAAGACAAACCCACUUUAGACCAACCCACUUCAGAACAGCCCGUUUCAGACCAACCCUACUCCUCCAUUUCGCCGGAACUUGAAGAAGAGCAAGAGAAAGAGCAGGAAAAGUUUGACAAACGACGUCUAGAAGAGAAAUUUGCAGUCUUGAAUACGGGAAUAUAUGAGUGUAGGUCUUGUGGGUAUAAAUACGAUGAAGCUGUGGGUGAUCCUUCGUAUCCUAUUCCUCCUGGCUUUCAGUUUGACAAGUUGCCUGAUGAUUGGAGGUGUCCCACUUGUGGUGCAGCUCAGAGCUUUUUUGAAAGCAAGAGUGUGGAGAUUGCGGGGUUUGCUGAGAACCAGCAGUUUGGGUUGGGAGGGAAUACGCUCACUUCUGGUCAGAAGGCCUUGUUGAUAUGGGGAAGCUUGUUCUUUUUCUUUGUGUUGUUCUUGUCUGGUUACUUUCUGCAAUGAUAAGUUGGGAGUUGGGGUUGGUUGGUAAGAGCUUGGUGGCUUGUUUUGGUUAUUGCUAUGUUUUCUUGAAUGUGUAUUUUGUGGUUACUAUAUAUGCAAAUAGAGGAAUUCAGAUUAGUUGAAUGGUGGUAUAUACAAAAUAUAUUAUUUUUCGAAGCUCUCA